AUGUCCAAAUCAAACACUACGAGCAACACAGUAGCACCACAACCACCAAAACCCACAUGGGUUCUCCCAUAUGUAACAGAGAAUCUCCGUGAAGUAUACACACUUGGUAGAAAACUCGGUCAAGGUCAAUUUGGAACCACAUAUCUCUGCAGACACAACACAACUAGUCACACCUACGCCUGCAAAUCCAUCCCAAAGAAGAAACUUUUAUGCAAAGAGGAUUAUGAUGAUGUUUGGAGAGAGAUUCAGAUAAUGCACCAUUUAUCUGAACACCCCAAUGUUGUGAGGAUCCAUGGUACUUAUGAAGAUUCAUUUUCUGUUCACUUGGUUAUGGAGAUUUGUGAAGGUGGUGAGUUGUUUGAUAGGAUUGUUCAAAAGGGGCAUUAUAGUGAGAGACAAGCUGCUAAGUUGAUUAGAACUAUUGUUGAGGUUGUUGAAGCUUGUCAUUCUCUUGGUGUUAUGCAUAGAGACCUUAAACCUGAGAAUUUUUUGUUUGAUACUGUUGAAGAAGAUGCUCUUCUCAAAACUAUUGAUUUUGGUUUGUCUGUUUUUUACAAGCCAGGUGAAACAUUUAGCGACGUUGUUGGAAGUCCGUACUACGUUGCACCUGAGGUCUUGCGCAAGCAUUAUGGACCUGAAGCAGACGUGUGGAGUGCCGGGGUUAUUUUGUACAUCUUAUUAAGCGGGGUGCCACCAUUUUGGGCCGAAACUGAGCAGGGAAUCUUCAGACAGAUUAUGCAGGGAAGACUUGAUUUCCAGUCUGAGCCAUGGCCUGGGAUUUCAGACAGCGCCCAGGAUCUGAUUCGAAAAAUGCUUGACAGGAAUCCAAAAACUAGGUUUACAGCCCACCAAGUACUUUGCCAUCCGUGGAUUGUGGAUGACAACAUUGCACCAGAUAAACCUCUUGAUUCUGCUGUUUUAUCUCGCUUGAAGCAGUUCUCUGCGAUGAAUAAACUUAAAAAGAUGGCUUUACGUGUUAUUGCGGAGAGGCUUUCUGAGGAAGAAAUUGGUGGUCUGAAGGAGUUAUUCAGGAUGAUUGAUGCUGACAAUAGUGGAACUAUAACAUUCGAUGAGCUAAAAGAAGGCUUAAAGCGAGUAGGAACUGAACUUAUGGAGUCUGAAAUCAAGGAUCUUAUGGAUGCAGCAGAUAUUGAUAAUAACGGGACACUUGACUAUGGAGAAUUCAUUGCUGCUACUGUCCACUUAAAUAAGCUGGAGAGAGAGGAAAAUCUGUUGUCAGCAUUCUCCUACUUUGACAAAGAUGGAAGUGGUUACAUAACCAUUGACGAGAUACAAGAAGCUUGUAAGGAGUUUGGUUUGGAUGAUGUCCAUAUUGAUGAAAUGGUCAAGGAAAUCGAUCAAGACAAUGAUGGACAAAUAGAUUAUGGGGAAUUUGCUGCCAUGAUGAGAAAGGGCAAUGGAGGGAUCGGAAGGCGAACCAUGAGAAGUACACUCAAUUUCAGAGAUGCUCUGGGAGUCAUAGGCAACAGAUCCAAUUAAGUUAUUGUACCUUGAAUAAUUAUGCGGUGAUAGAAAUUUAGGGAUGAGGAAAAAACUCUGGUAACUUUCAAUUUUAUUGUUAUCCUGACAAAAAUCUGCCUUUAUGAAUGGAUCCAUCGAUCUAAAAUGUUUUUCAUGAAAUGAACCGCAACACGAGUUAGCGGAAUCUAACAUGUGCAUAGUUUAGAAAAGGAUGAAAAUAGCCACAAUUAUCUUC